CCAAAGUAUAAGUAAAGCGCGAGCGCCCUAACUGGGGAAGGGGAAAAAAAGUGCAGUGUAAAGAGAGGGACACACACUGGAGCGCACACACACACACACACACACACACACACACACACGCGUGCAGACACACAGCUAGCAGUAGAACGGAACCCGGGCCCAGGUGUGUACAUGUACAUACGGAAAAGUGGACGUCUUUACAACUUAAUUAAGGAGUAAAUAACCGAGAAUGGAGCGGGAGUUAUGGAUUUAACGCGCAGAGGAGUUGCAAUGGGCGGUCUGCUGCUGGGGUUGCUGCUGUGGAGUUCCCUGCUGUCGGCGGUUGACGGCUCACCUCUUCUCCUCUUCGCCAACCGGCGUGACGUACGAUUGGUAGAUGCAGAGGGUGUGCGGGGUGAGUCGGCCAUCGUUGUUAGUGACCUGGAGGAUGCAGCGGCAGUGGACUUCCUGUACGCUGAGGGCCUGAUAUUUUGGACAGAUGUCAGUGAGGAGGCCAUCAAACAGACGCACUGGAAUCAGUCAUCCAACUCCCUUAAAGAGGCGCUGGGGACUGGCCAGACUGUGGUGGUAUCAGGGCUGGACAGUCCUGACGGGCUGGCCUGUGACUGGUUGGGUAGAAAACUCUACUGGACAGACUCUGAGACCAAUCGGAUCGAAGUGGCCAACCUGGAUGGCACCUCCAGGAAGGUCCUGUUUUGGAUGGACUUGGACCAGCCCAGGGCUAUCGCUCUCAACCCUGCUCAACGCUACAUGUACUGGACAGACUGGGGAGAGGAGCCCAGGAUAGAGCGUGCUGGUAUGGACGGCAGCAACAGGAAGGUUAUAGUGGAUGUGGACAUAUACUGGCCCAAUGGUCUGACAAUAGACCUGGUGCAGCAGAAGUUGUACUGGGCAGAUGCCAAACUCAGCUUCAUCCACAAAGCUAACCUAGAUGGAUCAGCACGUGAAACAGUGGUGGAGGGCACCCUGACCCAUCCUUUUGCACUAACGCUCUCUGAGGAGACCUUAUAUUGGACUGACUGGCAGACCCGCUCCAUCCAUGCCUGCAACAAACACAGUGGAGACAAAGCCAGAGAGAUCCUCAGUGGGAUUUACUCUCCCAUGGACAUCCAGGUCCUGGAGUCCUAUCGACAGCCUUACAUCCAGACUCCCUGUAGUGACAAUAAUGGAGGCUGCAGUCAUCUCUGCCUGCUGUCUCCAGUCCAGCCUUUCUACAGCUGUGCCUGUCCCACUGGAGUCCAGCUUAAACCAGAUGGGAAGACAUGCAAGCCAGGAGCAGAGCAGGUUUUACUGUUGGCUCGACGGACUGACCUGAGGAGAAUCUCUCUAGACCUGCCAGAUUUCACGGACAUAGUGCUACAGGUUGAUGACAUCCGUCAUGCCAUAGCUAUAGACUAUGACCCGGUUGAGGGUUACGUUUAUUGGACAGAUGAUGAGGUUCGGGCCAUCCGACGAUCUCACAUUGACGGCAGCAAUGCCAUGAUGCUGGUUACCACGGAGAUCAACCACCCAGAUGGUAUUGCUGUGGACUGGGUGGCCAGAAACCUGUACUGGACUGACACUGGCACUGACCGGAUUGAGGUUACCAGGCUCAAUGGGACCUCUCGGAAAAUUUUGAUUUCUGAGAACCUGGAUGAACCCAGAGCCAUCGUCCUGGACCCUAUUAACGGCUAUAUGUACUGGACCGACUGGGAGCAUCCCAAAAUUGAGCGGGCCAACCUUGACGGAAUGGACCGGGUGGUUCUGCUCAACAGCUCUCUGGGCUGGCCCAACGGACUGGCUAUAGAUUAUGCAGCAGAAAAACUGUACUGGGGAGACGCAAAAACUGACAAGAUAGAGGUGAUCAAUGUGGAUGGCAGUAACAGACAGACUCUGCUGGAGGACAAGCUGCCUCAUAUCUUUGGUUUUACUCUGCUGGGUGACUACAUCUACUGGACCGACUGGCAGAGACGCAGCAUUGAGAGGGUCCAUAAAGCUACGGCCGUAAGAGAGAUCAUCAUCGAUCAGCUGCCAGAUUUAAUGGGGCUGAAGGCCACUAAAGUGACAGAGACUUAUGGUACUAAUGGCUGUGCAGUGAAUAAUGGCGGGUGCAGCCAUCUGUGUUUCUGGUGUCGGCAAGCCGUCAGCUGUGCUUGUCCCAUGGGGAUGGAGCUCCUCUCAGACCUGCAGACCUGCGUGGUGCCUGAGGCUUUCCUGCUCUUCACCAACAGGGACAACAUCAGGAGCAUCUCUUUGGGUACCAACAGCAACGAUGUGGCCAUUCCUCUGACCGGAGUUAAAGAGGCGUCUGCUCUCGACUUUGAUGUGUCUGAAAGAAGAAUUUACUGGACAGACAUACAGGCCAAGACAAUCAGCAGAGCGUAUAUGAAUGGCAGCUCUGUAGAACAUGUCAUAGAGUUUGGAUUGGACUACCCAGAAGGCAUGGCGGUUGACUGGAUGGGUCGUAACAUCUACUGGGCUGACACAGGAACUAACCGCAUCGAGGUGGCCCGGCUGGACGGCCAGUACCGGCAGGUCCUGGUGUGCAAGGAUCUUGACAACCCACGCUCACUGGACAACCCACGGUCACUAGCACUGGACCCAGCCAAUGGCUACAUGUACUGGACAGAGUGGGGGGGUCGACCUCGUAUAGCCAGAGCCUACAUGGAUGGCAGCACCAUCACGACCCUGGUGGACAAAGUGGGCCGGGCCAACGGGCUGACCAUUGACUAUGUAGACCAUCGUCUUUACUGGACUGACCUGGACACGUGCAUGAUCGAAAGCACCAACAUGCAAGGCCUUCAGAGAGAGAUCAUAGUCGACGACCUCCCUCACCCCUUCGGUCUUACUCAGUACCGGGACUUUAUCUACUGGACAGAUUUCAACCUGCGCAGUAUUGAACGGGCAGACAAACGCACCGGACUCAACCGCACUGUGGUGCUGCAGGGCCAGCUGGAGCUGAUGCUGGACAUCCUGGUGUUCCAUUCCUCUCGUCAGGAGGGUACCAACGAGUGCUCACAUAACAACGGCAACUGUGCCCACCUUUGCCUCGCUACGCCUGCUGGCGCCCAGUGCCGCUGUGCCUCCCACUACACACUGAACACAGAUGCACGAAACUGUAGCUCUCCCUCUAGUUUCCUGCUCUUCAGUCAAAAGGCCAGUAUCAGCAGGAUGGUUCUGGGAGAACAGAGUCCUGACAUCAUCCUGCCCAUCCACGUCUUGAGGAACGUCCGAGCUGUCAGCUAUGACCCCCUGGACCGGCUGGUUUACUGGCUGGAUGGACGACAGAACAUACGUAGGGCCAGAGACGAUGGAGCCAUGUCUACCAUGAUAGUGAGCAGCAAUGUUCAGCCGGUGGACAACCAGCUUCAUGAUCUCAGCCUGGACCCCUACAGCCGCCACGUUUACUGGACCUGUGAGACAACCAACACCAUCAAUGUCCAGAGGAUGGAUGGACACACCGUGGGCGUGGUCCUGAAGGACGACACCGACAAGCCACGGGCCAUUGUGGUCAAUGCUGAGAAAGGGUACAUGUAUUUCACCACAGUGCAGGAGCGUUCAGCUAAGAUUGAAGGAGCCAGUCUGGAUGGGACAGAGAGAGAGUCUCUGUUCACAACUGGUCUGAUCAGACCAGUAGCACUGGCUCUGGACAAUAAACUGGGAAAACUGUUCUGGGUUGACGCUGACCUCAAACGCAUCGAGAGCAGUGACCUGACAGGAGCCAAUCGCAUCGUCCUCCAGGAUUCCAACAUCCUCCAGCCAAUGGGGCUGACAGUUCUUGGGGAUCAUCUGUACUGGAUCGACCGGCAACAGCAGAUGAUAGAGAGGGUGGACAAACUGACCGGGGACGGACGCACACGCAUACAGGGACGAAUAUCAUACCUGACCUCCAUCCAUGCUGUGGAAGAGAUGGAUCCACAGGAGUUUGCAUCCCACCCUUGCUCCCGCGACAACGGUGGCUGUUCUCACAUCUGCAUUGCUAAGGGUGACGGCACACCUCGCUGCUCCUGUCCCAUGCAUCUGGUGUUACUGCAGGACCUGCUGCACUGUGGAGAGCCUCCCACCUGCUCUACAGAGCAGUUCACCUGCUCCACGGGUGAGAUCGACUGUAUUCCGAUGGCCUGGCGUUGUGACGGCUUCCCGGAAUGUGACGACAGCAGCGAUGAGGAGAACUGCCCUGUUUGCUCAGCCUUCCAGUUCCAGUGUGAUAAAGGAGGCUGCAUCGAUGCUCAGAGGCGCUGCAACGGUGAACCCGACUGUGCCGAUCACUCUGAUGAGCAGGACUGUGAGACCAUCUGCCCCCCUAACCAGUUCCGCUGUGGUGACAACCAGUGUAUCACCAAGAAGCAACAGUGUGACAAUUACUCUGAUUGUCCCGAUGGAUCAGAUGAGCUCGCCUGUGAGUAUGUGUCUCCUCCCUCCAGCGGCAUCCCUAACACAGGGCCCAACACCAUCGGCCCGGUCAUUGCCAUCAUCCUGCUCGUCUUCGUGAUCGGUGGUGCUUAUUUUGUGUGCCAGCGCGUGGUCUGUAGACGCUACAAGGGCCCCAGUGGAACUUUUCCUCACGAGUACAUCAGUGGCACGCCCCAUGUGCCCCUCAAUUUCAUCGCCCCCAGCAGCUCGCAGCAUGGCACCUUCCAAGGUAUUUCCUGUGGGAAGUCAAUGAUGAGUUCAGUCAGCCUGAUGGGUAGCAGCAGCAGCGGGGCUCCUCUCUAUGACAGGAACCAUGUGACUGGAGCCUCAUCCAGCAGCUCGUCGUCAACCAAGGGAGCCUUCUACCCUCAGAUCUUGAACCCUCCUCCGUCCCCUGCUACUGACCGCUCUCUCUACAAUACGGAGGUCUUCUACUCCUCCAACAGUCCAUCUACCACCAGAUCAUACAGACCCUACCACCCGGUCCGUGGCGCCGCCCCGCCCACCACUCCCUGCAGCACUGAUGUCUGUGACAGCGACUACACUCCCCACCACCCGCCGGCUGGCCUGGCAUCGUCAGCGGGCCGCUGGAAGGCCGCAGGCCACGGCAGCCACGGCAAACACAACAAGUACUACAUGGACCUUAAUUCAGACUCGGACCCCUACCCACCACCCCCGACGCCCCGCUCCCAGUACCUGUCAGCCGAGGAGAGCUGCCCCCCGUCCCCUUCCACCGAGCGCUCCUACUUCCACCUGUGCCCCCCUCCUCCCUCACCCUGCACCGACUCCUCGUGACCCUCCAACAGCCCAGGAGCCCUGUGAGGAAGGAAGGGAUGAAGUCCACUUGCUACAAGAAACUGGCCUUGUCAGGCCCACAUUACUAGGGAAAGAACUCAUGUGCCAACUUCCAGGCCUGACCAGCUCCCACGUGCUGCUUUAUAUCAGCUGGUUAGGCUCAAGUGCAUUACUUAAGGUCCCUACGUCCCACAUUUGGUCAUUUUGUCAUUCCAGUCAUCUUGGAGCUCUCAGGGUGACCAUCAUCUGAUCAGUUCUACGUCUGUCUCCCCUGUGCCCUGCUCUGAUUCACUCUACUCGUGGCAGGUUGAAGGUUUGAGGCCCUCCCUCUGCAGGGCACACAAGGAGAUGAUGAUGAAAGCAGCUCCUUCUUGAAUAUUCAUUCCACCAAAAGAAGAGAACUUCCUUUGCUGGGCCACUUCUUGAUCACACAAUUUCAAGACUUCCAACUGUCCAGAUUUAAGUCUGAAUCCUGGCCUCACGCUGCCCCCCCCAACUCUUCAGCAUGUACUGCAUUGAACUCCACUAGGAACUGGUGUUGUAUGUAAACCAUAAUGAGCCCAAGCCACAAAUCACUCAUUAAGAAUAAAGCCAAGGUAUGGACUGCCACUUGGCUGCCCCCCCCGCCAGCCUCACACCAUUUGUCUUCUCCUUCCUCACAGCAUCCAGUGGCAUGACCAGCGGCAGGACUGUAUAUAGUGUUAAAAUAAUAUGAACAAAAAUAAAUCAGAGAGGAAAUUAUUUUACUAUUUUAUUCACGUUGGCUGAUCCACCGCUCUACAGAAAACAAAGGACAGAUAGAUAAGUGGAUGAAUGAGUGAAUGAAGGAUGAAUGAAUGAUUGGACAGUUAUGUACGUGAGCAUAUGUGAAUGUUUUGCUUCAUGUAGGAAAUAAAAUACAUUUGCAGAUGAUGACUGAUGAAUGUGUAGAAGUUUGGAUGAAUGAGUGAAUGGAUGCAUUUGACCCUUCCUAAGAACCCUGCCCUUGCUCCAGUUACAAUUAAGCAAGCUCAGUAGCCGACAGACCUGGGUAAAAUGUCUCCUUUCCGGGGGCAGCCUGGUAGGUCAUCUGGUAGUUAGCUAGUUAGCGGAUGUUUUGCUAACAUUAGCUAACUUAAGAUGUGACCACAUAUAUGUCGCUUUUAUCUGUUCACCAUCUUCAAAAUGUGGUUGUCUUUUCAACAUAGAUUAGCCUAGCACAUAGCAUAUCUAAGUACAGGAAAGGAGGAAGUUGACAGAGGUUCUGACUGAGGCUUACUCAACUGUUAUUGGAGCACAGAGCAAAAAGGGGCGGGACUUUGGAAGGGUCAAAAGGGCCAAGAUCAAAGUGUGAAAUCUUUUGUACAUUGUUUUGAAAUUGUGUUGCUCACAUUUCAGAUAGACCUUUUUCACAUCAGCCAUUUUACCAGCCAACUUUUUAAUUGUCAAAAUGGCUGCCGUGAAAAAGGUCUAUUCUUAGUAGUUGAACAUGAGGCCUUCUGAAGUGGUUGAGCCUUCCCAAGUCAACAAAUUUGCCAGCAGUCCCUUCUUUAUCCCAUGUAAUCUCUGCGUGACAACAACAUACCAAAUGAAUAUCGACAUGUAAAGCUAUUGUACAUAUGUGUAAUGAAGUCAGUGAUUGAGUUGUGAAUCAUUGUGAAUCUGAACCUCUUCCAUCACAUUUACUUUACCCUCAUUGUCCCGUUUACCAAAAGUAUGUUUGCUGCUAUUGUGUACAUACUAUAUCAAUUACUAUGACUUAUAACUACACAGAAAGCCCAAAAUUACCACUCUCAUUCUGAAAAUAGAUUAUGAAGCUAUUUUACAGUUAAUAACAAAUUAUUCUUAUAGCAACUUUUGUUAUUUGUAUUUCUGUUUGUGUGUAGAUCAAUAUGUAUGUAUCUGUUUCGUUCGCCAUGUUUGGUUUGAAGGAGUCUUCUCGGAAUCACAAAAAGUGAAAGGUUGAAAGAGUUCCCACUGAUACAUUUUAUUCAGAGCCGCUCCAAAAGUCCACUGAAGGCCUCAGUGUGCUUCACUGUGUUUGAGACUGUUAGACAGUCUGACAAGCACCUGGUUUGAAUCGUACUGAGGCCUUGAGUUGUGCUGUUGCUCACCUCCAGUGUAGUGACCCUGACUAGUGAACCCUGCCUCAACUGCUGUGGAGUUUGUAAAAAGUAUCCUAAAGGGAUGAACACUUCAGAUUUGAAACAGAAACGUAACACCUUGUUUUACACAAUUUCAGAUUUUUGCUCUUGAGGACACAAUAGAGCGCUAAAAAGUUUAGACUGGGACUAGAAUCCAUUGUCAAUACAAUAACGUUACUGUAUACUGUAUGUAUAAAGGUAGUAAGUGUUUUUAGUGUUAAGGUCAUCUUCACUAUAUUAACUCUUGGGACAAACUUUACAUUUGGCCCCACUAUCAGGUUUAAGGAUUUCAUCUUGUAUCAUCAGCGUGCUCGCUCUGUCCAGCAGGGUUCCCACACCUCCUGGAAAAAAUUUAGAAACUUGUUUUUCAGUCAGGGAAACACCUGGAAAUAGAUUAAAAUGACCAAAUAUCCUGGAAAUAAUUUAUGUUGCCCUAGAAAAUUCUAAUAUUAUUUUAGCCCCUCAUUCAGAUUGCCUAUGUAAACCUGGGUGUGUAUUUAGUUACAAACUCAGUUGUUGGUAGGAUGACACCAGCCACUAUUGUAUCACUGUAUUGUCCAACAAAACUCGAAAAUGUCCUGGAAAAUGAUUUCUUAAAACGAGUGAGACCCCUGUCCAAAAUGUUGUGACCAUGGGGUGUACCGAACAUUGAACAGCCUCUAGGGGGGCGUGGUCGUUGGUCGCGCUCUGGGCCUUAUUAUAUUCAGCCUGAUAUGUGGAGACAAACUGUGUUUUCAGGGUUUAUCCAGCACUUAUUAUAAUCAUUAUUAUUAUUUUAUGUAAUAUUAUCAUUACAGAACGUAGCAGCAAAGAGUGGGAAGGCAUUUGAUGCACUUAUAAAAAACAGGAGAUCCCCCUGGAAAUAAAUGAGUGUUCUUAAAGAAGGAAAAUGUUUUGGCUUUUCACCUGGGUGUUCUAGCAGUAUAAAUCAACCGUAGGUCAUGCUCACAAAAAUAUGGAAAACCGUCUCCCAGGAGAAUGUUUGGACAAAGGGAACACAGCAAGCAUCCUCUAAGCUGGCCUUCAUUUAAUACUACGGCGCUGGCGCCCCUCCAGUCAGAAAUCAGUGUUUCUUCUUGUUCCUGCAGCGUGCUAUUUGAAAGCUGUGCAGAGUUUGACACUAGAAGGAUGUUUCCACAUUCAUCUGCUGAAGCUGAUUUAAAGCAUGAUUUGUGACACAAAUAAUUUGGAAGUCAGUCCUGGUCCAGUAUCAACUUGUACAGUGUGAUGCAUUAACUUGAAGUAGGAGACAUUUUGUGUCCAGCAGGAAAACUUUAGAAACGUUUGCAUAUUCACAGAUUCGAUUUUAGUAUUUUAAAGACACAUAUUAUUGUUCCAAACAGACUGUGUAUAAAUGUCACAAUACAUGUCUGGAGGGGAUCUUAAGAGGUCAGACUGUAGCCAUGAAUGAGUGUGUCUCUUCAGACAGUAAUGGUCAUUGAGCCUGGAAGAUGUUUGUCUGUUAGAGAUGGAGAACACUGCAGUUUCCUAAAAGCACUUUUGGAGGUGGGGAACUUUGUAUGUCUGGUGACAGAUAACAGCUGGAGUAGCAUCUGUAUUUGUAAGUGGGAACUCUGAGCAGCACGAGUCAUUUAGAUUAAGGGCUGUAGGCCCCACCUCAAACCACUGUGUCAGUACAACUCCUUAAAAACCCUGUAUGUCGUCUCAGCUAAAAAUGCUUUGUGUAAUUUACAAUUGUGACAUUUUUUGUAUCAAAAGCAUUUUUAUAUAAUAAAGGUUCUAUUUUAAGGAA